CCCAAAGUCCUGCCCCUCUUGGCUGCCAUUUUUCGCCCCCUGCGAAUCUAUCUCCCUUUUUAUUUUUUUUGCUUGAUUUCUUCUCCCCUUUCUCUCUAAUCUGCACAUAUAUUUCUUUUCCUUUUUAUUUUUUUUUUGUAUUUAUUUUUAUCUGAAAACAGUACAGUAGUUUCUUUAAGAGAACAAAAAAAAGUCAGAAUUCUUGUAAUAGAUAUAUACCCUUUUCCACCCUUUUGCUUUCUUGAUUUGGAGAGUGGUGGAUCGGUGGUAGAAUUUUUUUUUCACUGAUUAGAAAGUAGAUGUUGAUUUGCAGAGGAUUUUGAGAUAUAUGGAUAGUCUAUGCUGUUUCAAUUACUCACAGGGAAGUCGUUCCUCGUGUAGCGCAGGCAAGGGAAAAAGCCAUGAAGGAACAGCGAAAUACGGAUUUAGUUUAAUAAAAGGGAAGGCAAAUCAUCCGAUGGAAGAUUAUCACGUUGCCAAAUUUGUACAGUUUCAAGGCCGUGAGCUAGGGCUAUUUGCUAUAUACGAUGGCCAUCUCGGCGACAGCGUGCCAGCUUAUUUACAAAAGCAUUUGUUUUCCAAUAUCUUAAAGGAGGACGAAUUUUGGACAGACCCUAGCACAUCAAUUACUAAAGCCUACGAGAGAACUGACCGAGCUAUUCUAACACACAAUCCCGACCUUGGUAGAGGUGGGUCCACAGCUGUAACCGCUAUACUUAUAAACGGUCGACAUUUGUGGGUAGCCAAUGUGGGAGAUUCACGAGGGGUCCUUUCUAGAAGGGGGCAUGCUAUACCGUUGACCGUUGACCACGAGCCCAACGCCGAGCGCGACAGCAUUGAAAAUAAGGGUGGAUUUGUCUCUAACAUGCCCGGAGAUGUAGCGAGAGUGAACGGUCAAUUAGCCGUUUCUCGUGCUUUUGGAGAUAAGAACUUGAAGUCGCACUUGCGGUCGGAUCCCGAUGUUAGAAGUGCCGAGAUUCGUGAAGAUACUGAACUCUUGAUUCUUGCUAGUGACGGUAUAUGGAAGGUAAUGUCGAAUCAAGAAGCUGUAGAUUUUGUGAAUAAGAUAAAAGAUCCUCAGAAAGCAGCCAAGCAACUAGCUAUGGAAGCAGUGAACAGAGAGAGUAAGGAUGAUAUCUCGUGCAUCGUUGUCCGAUUCUAGAAGCUUCUAGAAGACGCAACGCCAUUGGCUAGAGAUGUUUUUCGGAAAAAAAAAAACAUUCGGCAGAAAUUGCGUGGCCCUUUGUAAUAUUAUUCGAAAGUGGUGGUGUUUAUGUGGUUUACUAUUGCUUGAUUUCUUCUUCUAUUUCAUUAUUGAUUUUUUUUUUUUUUUUUAAAUAUUGUGAUUUGGAUGAAAACAUCGAAGUUUGGUUGUGUUUAUACAGCAGUAUUUUCUGUAAUAAUCUCAAAUAGUAGAGAAAGGUUUCAUUGGUAUAUUUAUACAAGUUGUGGCUGUGCACAAUUAG